AUGAAUGAAACGAAGGAAAAAAUGAAGCGGAUGGAGGAACAAGCUGAGAAGUUCAAACAAUUUGGCGUGCAACAUCGUGCUCUGGUCGAAAAGUUUGAUAGCUGUGUGGCCUCGACGUCAUCCACAGGUCCACCAAAGGAUGACAAAGACGAUAAGGAGCCAAAAAUCCAGGACCCCCAUCCAAAACAAAUCAGUGGAGGCAUUUGGACUGUUGGUAAUGUUAGGAUGGUAACUGCAGCGGAUUUGGAUUAUCUUAAAGUGUCAGUCACUGUCAAGGUCUGCUGUCAAACAAGAUUGUCAGGGUCCAGAGAUCGAAGUAUCAUCUUCAAAAAUGAACGGAUUCAACAGAUUUCUCGGAGCAAUGAGCAAUGGACAAAACGGACAAAAUCCUGGACAUCCUCUCCAACCAAAGCUGAUGCACCAAACACGGCUGAUGAUGGCCAUCAACAACAUCAUUCUGGAGAACUAGGAAAUCCACCAAUGCUAAAUGCUGGUGGUUUUCUACCACAUUUCCCGCCACACAUCCCACAAAAUUUGGUUCCAUUGUUGAUGGCUCUCAACAGAAUUCGUGGUAUCAAUAUAUUGAGGCAAAGCCCUGGAGCUAGCCCACCAGAGGUUGCUGCGAGGAAUUAA